AUGAGACUUAAUCUAGGCUCCAGCCUAGUGUUCUUCCUCGCGACCACACAGGCGGUCGGAGCGUUCAACUGGCUCAGCAAAGCAGCUUAUAACAAAUGGCACGAAACUGAAUUGGAACGAUGGCUCUCCGAUCAUGACGUCCCUUAUCCCACCCCUGCCGACCGAAAAGAUCUCGAAGAUUUGGUCAAGCGCAAUUGGGAUUCCAAGGUUCAGAAGCCUCUGGGAAAUGCAGCCGAGAAUGGCGCUGACCAGUGGCAUCAUGCCAAAGAAUGGAUUUUUGAUACUUGGUCAGACUCCCAUCUCAAGGCAUUCCUUGAUCGCCAUGGCGUUCCUGUUCCUCAACCUCGCAGGCGUGACGUACUCCUGAAGGCUGCUCGUGAAAACUACGAGGCCAUCGCAAAAAAAGUUGGCGAGACUGCGCACUACCCUGGUAACUGGCUUUAUGAGCACUGGACUGAGUCCGAUCUGAAGGAGUGGCUGGAUGAGCGUGGUUGGCCUGUGCCUCAGCCAACAACCAGGGACAAGCUUAUCGCGUCUGUUCGUCGCAAUGCCAGACUAGCCAGUCUGCAGGCGCGCAGCAUUGCGGCUUCCGCCACCAAAUCAGCCGAAGCUGCACAGUCGAGCCUGAGCGAGGCAUUGUUCAACGCUUGGUCUGACUCCGAUUUGAAGAAGUUCCUUGAUGAGCACAACGUCAAGGUGCCCCAAGGCUCGAAGCGUAAUGAGCUUAUUGCUUUGGCCAGAAAGCACCGUGCCUCUCUUGUGAGCCAGGCCUCCGUUGCUUCCAAGACCGCUUCCGUGUCGGCAACAAGCUUGAUCGGCGCCGCUACGUCCAAGGCUGGCAACCAAUACACCCGCGCAACUGAUCAAGCCCAUUUGAAGGCCCAGGAUGCAUUCGAUGCGGCUGUUGAGACAUGGUCAGACUCUCGUCUCAAGGCCUACUUGGACGCACGCGGAGUUCCUGUUCCUCAGUCGAGCAAGCGCGACGAGCUUCUUGCCAAGGUCAGACUGAACAAGCACAAGGCCGCGACCGGAUGGACUGCCUGGACCUUUGACACCUGGAACACUGACCAGCUGAAGAAAUACCUGUCUUCCAUGAACGCCAAGGCUGCUCACCGCGCAGACGUCACCCGCGAUGAGCUCAUCAAACAGGCUCAGGAAGCAUACGCCAAAGCCUCCAAGGCUGGAGGAGCGAACAUGGCAUCUGCCACUUCCUACAUGGCUCAAGCCACUGACGCAGCCAAGGACACGACCUUUGACACUUGGUCCCACUCCGAACUCAAGGCAUACCUUGAUUCCUAUGGCAUUCCCACCUACCAGGGUUCUAGUGUCAACGAGCUCCGCGCCGCAGCCAGACGCCAUGCCCAAUACUUCCGAUACGGAACCACUAGCCCACAGGGAAUCCUUUACUCCAAGCUCCAGGAAUGGUCCCAGUGGGUCAUGGACCAGCUGAAGAUUGGAGCCUCGAGUGGCCGAGCUCAAGGCCAGGAGGCCGCUGAGAAGGCGAAGGCGAAGGCUUCAGAGGGCGCUGAGAAGAUCCGCUCGGAGCUCUAG